GCGGUGUAUUCUGGGUAAAUUGUGCCCCAAGAACUUUGAACAGCGCAUGCGCGGCGUGGCUCGUUCCUUUUCGCUUUUUGGACGUGUGGCGUUAAGAUGGGUCACCAGCAGCUCUACUGGAGUCACCCGCGGAAAUUCGGCCAGGGUUCUCGCUCGUGCCGCGUCUGCUCUAACCGCCACGGUCUGAUCCGGAAGUACGGGCUGAACAUGUGCCGACAGUGUUUCCGCCAGUACGCGAAGGACAUAGGUUUCAUUAAGUUGGACUAAGCGACCUUGAACGAAUGAAUUCAAGACCAUCCUCUCAGUGAAAGAGAUCAUGCUUGUCUUUGUACAUAAAUAAAAAAAAUUCAUGUUCUUCAA